AUGGAGGCUGUGCCAAUCCCUGUGCUAGUUGGUGGACUUGUUGAUUGCGUUGCCCAGUUAAUAAGAAUAGCUGAAGAGAUUUUGCAAUUAAUUUCACAAGAACAAGUUCCUUGUGCAGAGCAAAAUGAUGUAGCAGAACAGAUAGAAGCGGGUGCACCUCAUUCCGAGGAAGAUCCACUACCAGAUCUCGCUGAUCUCUCAGACUUAGAAUCAAUACUGACACCAAGAGAAGAUGAAGACCUAGUGUUUGAUAUAGAUCAAGCUAUGUUAGACAUAGAAAACAUAUAUGAUGAUGUACUCUCUGGUGUAAAUGAUGACUUGAGAAGUGGAUGA